UUCAAGUAAGAAAUUUCUCAUUAGUAACUUUAAUAGUUACAAAAUGGUGGAUUCUCGUCCGGUCAUGGAACAAUUUCAUGAGAUUCAACGUUUGUAUGAUCAACUUUUGAUUCAUAACAUGCAUGUAAAUGAAACCUUUGCGGUUGGUUCUAUAAUCGACAAAUUACCACCUUCAUGGAAGGAAGUGAAAAAUAGCCUCAAACGCAAAAAGGAGGAUUUGUCAAUGGAGCAACUUGGUCGCCGACUUCAAAUUGAAGAAGGCAUUAAGUUGCAUGAAGGUGACAAUGGUAAAAAGAACGACCUUCCAAUUUCCUCUAUAAAUGUUAUGGAGGAGGGACAGUCAAGUGGGACUAAGAAAAAUAAAAAACGUCCCGGGAAAUUCACCAAAGGUUCCAAGUUUCAAAAGAAGUCGAAAGAUAAGAAAGUAGGCUCUUGUUGGGAAUGUGGUGGUCCACAGUUCAAGAGGGACUGCCCGAAGGUGAAGAAGAAGAAGGCCCAAUCGAACGGCCAUCCAAAUGGUGGCCAAGAUAACCAAGGAUGAUGAAUCUUGGUGGAUCGACACCGGAGCAACAAGGCAUGUAUGUAAAGAUAGGCAAUCUUUUAAGACUUUAAAAGAGUUGCAAGAGGGGCCAAUCUUAUACAUGGGAAAUGACUCUACUGUGCAAAUUCAAGGAAUUGGGCAAGUAGAGUUGGAAUUAUCUUCCGGAAAGAAAUUAAUUCUUAAUGAUGUGUACUUUGUACCACAAAUCCGGAAAAAUCUUGUCUCCGGUGGGAUCCUAAAUAACUUUGGGUUUAAACUUAGCUUUGAAGCAAAUAAGUUUAUUUUAUCUAAGGGUGGUGUAUUUGUUGGCCAAGGUUUCUAUUGUAAUGGCAUG